GUUUACAAACAUUAACUAAUAAAAGUAAAAUGAUAGGGGUAAAAAAUAUUCUUCAUAGUACUUUGAAGUCACCCAUUCAAAGUUUCGAAAUAGAAGUAUUGGAUCAUUUACAAGGAGUAUUUUUUUGAUUGAAGUCAUCUUCAAGCAUAACCAUUGUAUGAAACACAUUUGUCUGCAAAACAAAUUCAAUAUAUUUCAAAACCAUUUUCUCUCGUCACCUUCCGCGAUCAUUCGGACAACCAUCGCCAUUUCCCGGGGAUAAAAUGAUGGCGCCGGAGAGCCAGGGAGAUUCUCAUAUCCCAACCACAACAGAUGCCCCGACGGAGAUCCUGGCUCUCGAAGACGGAGGAGUUUCGAUCUCAAAAUCAUACUCUAAUGAUCCCAACGACAUUACAACGCUUCCGAACUCGGGACACCCUCUCUCGCCGUCAGUCGCCGCCUCUGCCGACGCCGAUCGCAUCCGCUCUCCGCCGCGCCAUGUACAUUCGAUCGGGGACUCGGGCUCUCAACACAAUGUCCAUCUCGAAUCUCCAUCGUAUGCGGAUGCACAGGUUCGUUACACAGACGGCCACGGUAGUUCCGUACAAGAAGCUAAUGUCUGCCACGGUCCCGUUACAGACCUGGAAAAUUGGGGUAAGCUUUCGCGCUUUAGCUCGUAUGACUCGACGUAUUUGAAAGUUGCUGUUUCGGAUCCACAGAAAGUGGUUGAAUCGUCGAAUUCAAUAGUCCCCGGAGUGAACACCUUUUUUACCUAUUUGAUUACAACUGAGACAAACAUUCCUGAUUAUGAUGGAUCCAAGUUCACCAUCAGGAGACGAUUCAAUGACGUAGUAACUUUAGCAGAUCGAUUGAGUGAAGCUUAUAGAGGGUUUUUUAUACCUCCAAGACCUGAUAAGAGUGUAGUGGAAGGCCAAAUGAUGGAAAAGAAAGAUUUUGCCGAGCAGAGGAGAGCGGCAUUGGAGAGGUAUUUGCAGAGGCUAGCUGUGCAUCCGGUGAUCAAGAAGAGUGAUGAACUAAGAGUGUUCUUGCAAGUGCAGGGGAGGCUUCCACUUCCAACUAGCAUUGAUGUUGCAUCCAGGAUGCUCGAUGGGGCGGUGAAGCUCCCCAGACAGUUGUUUGGGGACCAUGGGAAUGCGAUUGAACCUCAGGAUGUGGUGCAGCCUGCAAAUAAUGGCAGGGAUUUGCUGAGAUUGUUUAAGGAAUUGAAGCAGUCUGUGGUAAAUGAUUGGGGCAGUUCAAAACCACCAGUGGAGGAGGAUGAUAUGGAGUUCUUGGCAAAGAAAGACAGACUUCUUGAUCUCGAGCAACACCUAAGUGACACGUCAAAGCAGGCCGAGGCUCUUGUUAAAGCCCAAAGAGAUAUGGGGGAAACACUAGGAGAAAUAGGGAUAGAUUUCCUACAGAUGGCAAAUUUUGAGAACGAAUGGGCAAAUUUGAAUGCACAGAGAGUACGAGCAGCUGAUAUGAAAAGUGUAGCAAAUGCAGCUGUCAAAACAAGUAGAUUACAUCAUGAUCUACACAUUUGUGAUGUGAAAUAUCUGGAUAUCCUGCAUGAACAUUUGUGGUUAAUGAUGGCUCUAAGAUAUGCAUUUUCUGAUCGUUCAAAGGCUUUACUAACAGUACAGACUCUUCUGUCAGAGCUGUCAUCUUUAAAUUCAAGGGUUGAGAAGCUUGAAACAACAUCAUCCAAAGCAGACAAAUUAAGGAUUCAGAAGUUAGAAGAAUUGAAGGAUGCUAUAAAAACCACAGAGGAUGCUAAAAGUUGUGCAGUCAAAGAAUAUCAACGCAUCAAGGAGCAUAAUAAAAGUGAAAUUGAAAGACUAGAUAGAGAAAGACACGGUGACUUCAUAAUCAUGUUGAAAGGAUUUGUGAUUAGCCAGGUGGCUUAUUCAGAAAAUAUUGGAAAUGAAUGGGCAAAAGUUGCAGAGGAGACUCGCCAGUACGCAAGAUAUGCUGCAUAAUGCAGACUGUAUAAACAACUUUUUUUAAUAUAUUUUAUAAUUGCUUUAGCUCAUGUACCAUACCCUUGUACAAUUCUUUCAAAUCUCACACAAGGAGUAGUUCAGCUGCAUAACUUUUACUUCUUUUACACAUCUUCACAGCUCAGUCAUUUUUUGUAUUUCUUGUUUAAUUCUUUUGUCUCGGGUGAUUAAACUAUGGAUUUAAUCAAUUAUACUUCAUAUG